UACUUUAAGGUAAAUCAUUUCAGAUUAAAACAUGUUGACGUUAAAUAGUUAAAAUCGACUAGCAAUUAUCGAAACAAAUUUCAUUCCGUUUUUGAAGUAACAUGUUUAAAGUCAUUCCGUUUUAAUUUUUUCAAAGUAACUUGCCGAGUGUAAAUGAACGAAACCAUUAUUUUUACGGUUAACGGCUACAGUUGGUGCUUUAUUUUGAAACAACAUACCCGGAAACUAGAAAACUCACAGGUCAGGUGACGUGAUUGUUGACAAAGGACAAAUGAGUUGACCAGUGCGGGAAACGCUGGUCACAUCAGGUCCUUGACUGUCAGACCGUGCGGUUCUGGUCGGUUUUUCUGCGCUAACCAACAGAAGCUAAUGUUGUCUUGUUGUUUUGUUAGCGAACCAGUCUGUCGUUCGUGACAAAUGCAAACACAUUGAACGUGGAAGUAAAUAUUUUUGUGCCACCGUUGAUGGACCCUUACAGCGAGAGGAGACGGCUGCUGGACGCGGACGAUGCCGGAGCAGACGACCCAACAGGAGUGCUGUCGGAGCAGGACUCGUACCUGAGUAAAGUGAAGAACAGGAACUUGUACCUGGCGACCUUUGCAUCGGUUCUGGGUCCCAUGAGCUUCGGCUUCGUGCUGGGCUUCAGCUCCCCGACCCUCCCUGAGCUCACCCACAGCCCUGACCCGCGGCUGCAGCUGGACGACAUCCAGGCCUCCUGGUUUGGGGUAUGAUGAUUCAAUUUCACGUGCCAUCGCCGCUAUGUGUUCUCUCCAGAGCCGUGCUGACUCCAGUCAAGCCUAAAAAAGGGAAACGUGGAACUUAAUUUAAACAAAAUAAAAAAUUUGUACGAGAGAAUUGUCAAAAAUUUGAACCAAAAUCAGAUUUUUUUUUAAAUUGAUGCCAUAGAAAAAAUUCUGCUCCUAAUUCAAAAAGAAUGCUACACUAUAAGAAAUAAAAACUAGUUUAGAUAAUGUUAUUAUAAAUAUUAUAAAACAUGAGAAA